GGUGUAAAUUGUAGUUCUGAACCACAUGAAUUGUUUGUACCCUUACAUAUUCUUAUUCACUGAUUAUUUGAUAUUUUGAUGCGUAAAAAUUGUAAUUGAUUAUUUCAAGCACAUCCCUUCAUUGAUCUAGAAGAGGUCUUUUGCAAGUUAACUUUUGCAGUUGCAGUAACUCCUACUUGUAAAAUCAUGUAGCCUUUCUUUUUCGCUAGAACUACAUCAGCGGCUCACCAGAAUCCGAGGAAUAGUGCGCAAGACUUAGGUUCGUUCACGUUCUUCUUCUUUGCAUUUGCAUAUCUUCUUCUUCUUUUUGCUGCACGACCAAAAUGUCUCGUUUCUCUCAGGAUCAGCAUUGGGCUUUUGCCGCGCCAAAUCAGAAGCGGGAUGCUGAGGAAAUGCUCAGUUUGAGUCCGGUGGAGCAAUCUGAAGUAGAUCUCCAAGGUCUCAUGGACCACGGUCCACGCUUCGCGGCCGAGGGUCAACGGCGUAGACGAGCUCGUCGCGAUCAAUUAAUACAUGUGGGGACGACAGAUACAGGUGGAAGAAGAGAUCGAGACGCCGCUCGCACAGGAGGUUUCGAGGGAGACGCGAGGGGAUGGAUAUUAGAAGAGGAAGAGGAUAGAAUAGAGGACAAAUUUCACGCACAGCAACGGAUGCGAACGAGUUGCGGGAAGCUAUACGCGACGCCUGUGCAUGGGACGACAGCCACAGCGCAAAAUGAUGUGGCAGCAGAGGUUGAUGUGCUGCGUCCCGAUCCAGUAGCAGCGUAUUCCCGGCGUCAUGGGCCUCCGCGUGGCAAACCAUCGCGUUCGCAGCGGCGCGCAGGCACCAGAAUAGCUGGAGGGGAUGCGGGGUAUGUCGAAAAUCUCUUCACUGCAGAGGCACUGCGGAAUCAUUCAAUGAAGGGAACCUCGCGAGCUCCUGGAGAUGGUUUUUUCCUUUCCACGACCUCUCAAAAUCAAAAAGCGGAGUCGUCCCAAGUUUCCACGCGCAGCAUAGUAGGUAGGAGUCUAAAUUUCUUCAGCACUGGAGGAGAUGACGGUUUCGCACGCGCCUUUGGACUAAAGCAACGUCAACCAGAGGACCUGUACGGGCAUUAUCUUGCCGCCUACCAAUUUAACAAGGAUUUCGAGGAUCACACGCGCUCCGACUAUCUUCGAUUAUCGGCUGCGACGCGGCGUGGCGACUUCCAAGUUCAAGGCAGUGAUCCUCGGCAUCAGCGAUUGACCGAUACACAGCACCAUUGCAGACAAUGGCACCGAGCCUACAAUUGGCGGGCUGAAGAAUUUUUGACAGCUACUUCAUCAGAUGGGGAAGACGAGGGUGAAAGAUCUCAGCAGCGUCUUCCAGUAGCACGUCCAGGUUCAAUGCUCGUAGGAGGCAUAGACAACCCAGAACAGAGGCACUUAGCAGCGGAAAUCCAAAGACGCAAGUUCUUGAAGAUGCGUUACCAACUGCUUCCGAAGGUUUUCGACGCAUGGGCGAGCGACGUCAUAGCCAACCGCGUUCCAGAUUACUACAUACAAGCGAGUUUGGAGCGCUCGCUGCUCGGUCGUUUCUUCCGAAGUUGGAAGGCCUGCGCGGAGGUAGACGAGCACGAGCUUUCUGAAGAGAGCGAUCCGGAGGAAGAGGAAGAAGAAAGCGACGAAUAGGUAGACAAACACGAAGGUGAUGAUCGUGUAGACGAACACGACAAUCGGGUGCGGUCGCUUCCUCUCUCUGUUUCAAUGCCUCACAAGUAGUUCGCGUGCAAUGCUGCAGCGCGACUAGCUGCGGUGGUCAUUUUUUCCGAAUCAUCGAGUCCCUACAUGCAGCAUUUUCAUGAACUUUUUAUUCUCACCGCAGCAGACUCGGUCCGCGCCACCGCAAAUGAUCGAAGGAGUACUCCAUGGAGCGACGUCAUGGUUCGUAUCUUUGCCUUUCAACUGCUUUCUUUUUCGUGCCAGUUGUAGUGAUGUAGUUAGCGCACAGAAAGGUCGAAUUCUUUUCCUCGUAGUUGUAGCACCGCUGACUUUUUGAGGACGUUGAAGAAAGCACGAGACGAAUAAAGACGAUAAUUUGAUUCAACACUACCUCGAACAAGCUAUCUAUGUACUUGAUCUGUAGUCCCCUGAUAGUAGAAAGGGUUUUCGAAGUCGUGCUUCCAGGUUUUUACCAAUAUAGUACCAGCAUCACGAGCACAAUGUUUUGUGAGUUUACAGCCGCGCAGACUAUGUUUACUUAUGCAGAUUAAUGUAUUCUCUUGUUGUUCUUGAAAGACUUGAAUCAAAAUUGACCGAAAAUCUUAUAGUGGAGCUCGGGUCAGUGUUCCAGCCUUUUUGAAUGACGGGAAUUAUAUCCCGUGGUGCUAUGUGUCUACGUCGCUAGUACUAGACGCUAAGUCUUCCAUAGAUCUAACUGGUAGUAGUCAAGAUGUGAACGAGGGUAUGAUGUCAAAGUCAAAGAAGAAAGCUCUGUGUCGGUGUAAGCAAAUACUGUACUCGUCUAAGGAGGCUCAAUAAAAGCUAUUUGCAUGUCGCCUCAUUUUUUACUUCGACGACAAUGUAAAUGUAAAGGCUAAAACGACGACCUAUCAAUACUAGUAAACG